AGAUGGCGUUUUCGUUGUUGACGUCAAUGGCUGCUUAACAUAUACAACGACAAUCGAUAGUGCUCAGCAACUCUUGUGCAUUGGAACCGCAUCUAUUUCUAACCCAGUCGUCAUUUUAAUAAUGACGGUAAGGGUGAUGAUUGCCUGCAAGAAAUGGUUCUUACCUGAAGUGUAACAGAUACAAGAACAAAACAACAUGAACCGUGAUUUGGAAUUUCCUGCAGUUUUAUACAAUGUCUGAUAAAUAUUUCUGUCCACGUCUUGUUGACUAUAUUCUGAUUGUGGGCAGUCGACAUCCAAAUAACAACAACAAUGUAGCCCAAACUCCAGAACUUCUGCGCAGAUACCCGCUAGAAGAUCACCACGAUUUUCCACUGUCACCAGAUGUCAUCUUUUUCUGCCAGCCAGAAGGUUGCAUCAGCGUGGGCCCGAAGCGCAUGAGUCUGAGAGAGACCACUUCAUUUGUGUUCACCUUGACUGAGAAAGAUACAGGCAAAGUAAGAUAUGGAAUUUGUGUGAACUUCUUUCGACCCAUAGAGAGAAAAAUUUCCGAGAAAUCAAAAUCUCUGAGUACUUCUUGGGCAGAUGAUAAUGGAAAUACAGACCAGGACAGGAGAAAAUCUCCUAAAACCAAGCGAAAAUUGAAGACAGCAAAUCGUGUUAGAAAUAAUACUUUGACCUCAUUGUGUAUUGUGACACAUCACCCAUUCUUUUCGACUUUCCGAGAAUGUCUGUUCAUUCUGCGUAAACUUAUAGAUGCUUGCCAUGAUAGAAGUUGUACAAAGAGAAUUGGUGGAUCCAAAGCAAUAACAAGGGACACUGUAUGGGGAGUGUUGACAGGGCAGGGUACUGAUAACCUGACAGGCCUUGUGAUGCAUGAAGUCAAAGAAAUAGAAACCUGGGUUCUACGACUUCUGAGUGCACCAGUCCCAGUCCCAGGAAAAACCAGAGUGGAGGUUCAAGUGUUGCCAAAAGAUCUGCAGGCUCCAUUGUUAUUUGCUUUACCUGACCACACAAGGUUCACCCUGAUAGACUUUCCUCUCCAUCUCCCCCUAGAACUGCUAGGGGUGGACACUUGUCUCAAAGUACUAACUGCCAUCAUGCUGGAAUACAAGGUUGUGAUGCAGUCUCGUGACUACAAUGCCCUCUCUAUGAGUGUUAUGGCUUUUGUUACUAUGCUAUACCCCUUAGAAUACAUGUUUCCUGUGAUUCCACUGCUGCCAACCUGUAUGUCCUCAGCAGAACAGCUGCUCAUGGCCCCAACACCAUUUAUUAUCGGGAUACCAGCAAGCUUUCUGCCAUACAAGAACAAUUUCAGACUCCCAGAUGAUGUAUGGCUAGUAGACCUGGAUUCCAACAAGAUGACAAUUGGAAGAAAUGAAGAAUUGCCUUCCUUCCCAGAACCAGAGGGAACACACCUUAGAAAUCACUUAAAGCAGGCUUUAGCAAGCAUGUCUAUGACCCCACAACCAAUAAAGAAUCUAGAUGCCCUGGCCCAGAAUCCAGAUACAUGGAAGAGACGAGAGAGUUUCUCCUCUCAGACUGGAUUUAAUCCACUCAUUUAUGGAAAUGAUGUGGAUUCUGUAGACGUAGCAACUAGAGUUGCCAUGAUCCGGUUCCUAAAUUCUUCCAACACCCUUGGCAAUUUCUCUGAACACACCAGAACAUUAAGGUUGUACCCCCGCCCUGUUGUAGCAUUCCAGAUGUACAGUUUCCUCAAAUCUCGUCCAACCCGAACUCACUACACAGCCCGGCUCUCUAGGACUCAGGCUGUGGAGUACUUUGCAGAGUGGAUGCUAAGUCCAAAGAAUGUAGUUUUUCUUCGAGUGCAAACUUCAGUGUAUGAUCCUCUUCUAAUUGGUGACAAACCCAAGUGGUAUGCCCAUCAACUACAGCCAAUAGAAUUCAAAGUAUAUGAUGAAGGGUCAUCCUUAGGCACAGCUCUGUCAUCGUCAUCAAGCAUCUACAGUGAUGAGAAUCCAACAGAUGAGAGUGGCAGUGACAGUGAUGGAGCAGACAGUACAAGCUCCUCCUACUCCUCACUUAGUGAUUAUGUCACAGACAUGAUCAACAGCGAAAUAGACGGGGACACACCAGCAUUUGUACCCGAGAACCAGGUCCUGGCAGUAGAUGAGUCUAAGGUAUACUCCCCUCCUGACAAACUCCAGCUGCCAGAGACCUCAGUCACAACCAGUGACUCUGCCUUCUCCAUGCUGGAAAGUGACCUUAGUAGCUCGGAUUCCUCUAGUCCAACCUACAGCAAAGAUCUUCCAGGUCAAGGUCAUGAAGAGGUCAACAGGCCACAGAUGAAGGGUCAACCACCAGUGGAGCUUGUGGGAGAAAGAUUUCGCUAUGAUUCUGGUAAUGUCACCCCAACGCUGAAUUCUGUGGCAAGCCGACAAGAUAGUGUUGGUUCAAACAACAGUACCCCGGAGCUGCCAAAACGCCCUCCUCUACAGCCCCUGACACGAAGUCUGAACUCAGCCUUUGAGGCCUAUGAGAAACCCCUAUCAGCUGGUCAUAGAGGGCCAAACAAUCUAGGAAUUCCUAAUUUUAGGAAGGAGGGGAGUAGCAGUAGAUCUAGUCCCAACCCCAAGGGAGAACGAACAUCAACUCCAGAUUCUUUGAUGUCCACCAUUAGCCAGUUCAGCAAUGAUUUAACAGAUAUUGCACAAUCUGCAAGCACAACAAUGUCAGAAUUUUUUGCUUCAGAUGAUGACGAGGUGCUUGAACAGAGAUCAGACCCUGGAUCAACAAGAUCACCACAUACUACUCAGCAAAAGUCUGCUAAACCAUUUGCUCCACUCGGAAACCGUAAGGCCCUAGUGGAAAAGUCAGGAUUGGUCAAACAUGCUACCAACAGAAAACAGAAGGAGGCAGGAACCAAACAAGGGGCUUCAGACAACAAAAGUGCUUCUAACAGUGAGAAUCAACAGUUUCUUAAGGAGGUGGUAAACAGUGUAUUGGAGGGACAAGGAGUCAGCUGGCUAAAACUGGGAAGGAUCCGUAAACUGAUGGAGGAUGAGAACUACAGAAAUUUCAUUGUCAGCCGACUGAACCGUAACCUGGACAAGAAGUUGUCAGAUGAUAUUCCUCACCUAGAGGAUGUGACCCUAAACAAACCUACAUACAAAGGCAUGCUGACACUGGUAAAGGCCAUUAUUCAUGGUCUGGAACACACCUACCAGAACCAUGGACUAGGAGGCAUGGCUAGUGCCUUCAUGUUACUGGAGAUCAUUCAUACUCACUACUGGAAUAAAGAAAAUAUUGCAGGCAGUAUGCAAAGCAGUGCCACAUCUGAGGUUUCGUCUCCAGCGGGCAGUCCUGAAAGCUCCAUUAAGAGUGAGGAUUCCCCCCAGCGGUCUGACACCCACAGCUUACAUGAGGAGCAAAUGGUCACACUAGGCUCUCAACGUUCUGGGUGGUGGUCAGAACGAUCUACUUCUUCCUCUGCAGCCUACCAUUAUUCUGACCUUUCAACCUCUAGAACUGAAUCAGGUUCACCCAUAUUGGUCAAUGGAGAGGAAUUUCAGAAUAUAGAAAUUCAUACAACAUCUGAGAAAAGGAGAGAGCAAGAGAAAAUGGUUAUCAUAGACCAGAACCGAAACACUGCUAAAAUGUCACCAGGGCAUCACUGUGAUAUAAUUGUGACAAACUCACCAACUGAGCCUGGCUCACCAACGCAGUUGGACGUGAUGAGACAAAUGGUUAAAAACAAGGAGAUGAUGGGAGAAAUUAACUUUGACAAGCGCUGUAGCAUAGAAUCAGAAAUGUCUGAGGCCAGCACCCUGAUCAGCACUAGCUCCGAGAAUUUUGCUGAGGAGGAGGGUAGAAGGAGGAAGAGAAUCAAUCAUCAUAGCAUCCGAAGUACGCUGUCGGACAGUGAGAUGGAAAUGUCAGGGAUUGUGAACUAUAACAAAAAGAACCGAUCACCAGGCACUUGGACCAGUAAGAGCAACCUUAGUACAGGGUAUCGUUAUUAUGAUGGGAAAAUGGUCAACACCUCUCCUGUUCCACACUCAAGCCAGAGUCCAGAAAAUGCUAAACAAUACAUAUUUGAGGCUUUAAUAGGAAAAGAUCGUAGUCGUCUGUGGGAUCAGAUGCAGUUCUGGGAAGAUGUAUUUUUAGAUGCUGUGGCUCAAGAAAGAGACAUCAUUGGAAUGGACCAGGGACCUGCAGAAAUGAUUGACAGGUAUGUAUCAUUGGGAGACAUGGAGAGGAAGAGGUUAGAGCAUGAUGAAGACAAGCUUUUGGCCCACAUGUUGUACAAUAUUACUGCCUUUAUGGUGAUGAUGAGGGUAGCCAAACCAGAAGUCAGGAAGAAGAUUCGUAGACUGCUGGGGAAGUCCCACAUUGGACUGGCAUACAGUGCAGAGGUCAACAAUCUGUUGGACCAGAUUAGCAACCUGCAUGGAAAUGACAUUGAUUUGCGGCCCAUGCAGAGCAGAUUUAUGCAGAAACAGUCAUUCACGGUUCAUUGGGGAGGGGAUAACACAGGGGAUAUGCUAUUUAUGGAGGUGUGUGACGACUGUAUCAUACUUAGGAGUGUGACAGGGGCGAUAUGUGACAGGUGGUGGUAUGAAAAACUGGUCAAUAUGACCUACUGUCCAAAAACCAAAGUACUGUGUCUGUGGAGAAAAUAUGGAGAGAAAGUACAACUGAACCAGUUUUACACAAAAAAGUGUAGGGAACUUUAUUUCUGUGUCAAAGAAUCCAUGGAAAAAGCAGCAGCUAGAAACAAUGGAAAAUUACCAGGUCCAGAACUUGGUGGGGAAUUCCCUGUUCAAGACAUGAAGUCAGGACAAGGAGGUCUUCUACAGGUGUGCAUGGAGGGCAUUGGUUUGCUCUUGGCCAACAGCAAGUUAUUUAUUGAGCUAGGUCGAAUCAAGAAAUGUUUCACCCAGAAAGGCGGGAUUUUUGUAUUAGAGGAAUUUGAUUCCAAGAAUCGGCAAGUAACUCAACACAAGUUCAAGUCCAGAAUGGCCAAUCAGCUGGCAUUCAUGGUUCAUCGCAUCUUUACUGUGCAGCAUGCCCGCUUAAGAUCCUUGAAAGAAAUAGACAAUCCCUUUGGCAGCUGAACAGAUAUGUUAUGCUGUCCUCUGUGUUUUCUCAUAUGUUGCAGCAGGAAUGGAGCAACAGCAACAACAACAACAGCAACAGCAACGAAGGCAGACUUAAUCUAUUCUUGUCAAGGUGUUUAAAUAUCUGUAGAGAGUGAUUAAUCAUUCCAUAGCAGUUAACAUUGAUAAUCUGUUGGAAGGAUUUUGUUUCAGAUAAAAUUUAUAUUAAAUAGCCACUUGCAUGAAAUGUAACAGACUCUUGUCCAAAAAGUUAAAAUAUAACCUCUGAAAUUUCUGUUUAAGGAAAAAUGCUAAAAACAUGUCAAUUUACCUCAUUAACAAUAUCUACAAAUUGCUCAAAUAUUCAGUUAUUUUAAGAUUAUUUAUUUUUCAAUGUACAAACAUUCAUUAUACCCUGGUUUUUCAGGAAGAGUUCCAAUUCUCAAGGACAAAGUAUUGUCAGGGCCAAUAUGAAUGCCCAAUCGAAGAUUUGAAUUUUAUGAACACCCAAUUUGCCAAUACAGUUAGAAAAGAAAAAUCAAUCUAUUUUAUUUUAUUUUCAAGACAGAAUGAAAGGAGAAUGGUUUUCAUGCCUGCCUUUUGCAAUUAUAUUAGAAAAGAAAGAAAACAAGAACUGUUUUAAAAAUGAAAUGUACAGACUUGAUCUUGACAAGGAAGAAAAUAUAAACCAUGAAAACAGUGUUGUAUCAUCUAUAUGAUACCAGUCUUCCAGUUUACUUGUAUUUAGAAAGUGUAUUGGUCUAAGGGUACAUUUAACAUUUCUUAACAGAUUAUAUUGGUCACGAUACAUUAUAUAUAUGUUAGUAUUAAUUUCUUUAAAUAAACUUUAGUGAUUUUUAUCAUAAAGUUUGAUUACUAGCUCAAAAUAAAACUCUGCAUUAUAUUUAAAGAAAAAUACUCUUUUCUGUCACUAUUUAAAAAGGUUAUUUUUGUACAAUAAAUCUUUAGAAGAAAAAUUUAUUUUUUCACUGUACAAAGUUGAAAGAUUUAUUUUUUCUCCCACUAUGUAUUGUCUGUCUUUGUGUUGUUGCUGUUAUCAUCGAGAAAUCAGAGGACUUGUGAAUCAGACUUGUAAGCCAUCAGACUUGUCAAUUAACUUGUGUUGGUCAGAAAUGUCAGCCAUUAGACUUGUCCAUCAACUUGUGGAGGACCAGUCAUUUGAUCACCCAGGAUUUUAGAAAUUGUUUAGAUUGUUACGAAGAAGUUUGAAUUUCAUAAAUUUCUGACUUUGUAAAAUAGUCUAUUGAAUUGAUGAUAAAAUGUAGUGUAGGAUUUGAAGGAAAUGUUGAUUUUACCGUAGAUCUGUCAGUCUUCUCCUACAGUUUUCAUCAAAUUUUGACGAGUUGGAAUCUCACUUAUGCAUUAAAAUUCUGUAUAUACCACAUAGUAAGAAAAAUCCAAAUGUUUCUUGACUUGUAUACAGACGUGUAAUUUGGUAUAUGUUGAAAAAAUAGCAGAUUCAUAAAAAUUAAACAAUGUAAUUUUUUGUGACAUUUAUUGAUAUAAUACAGUAAAAAAUUUAAAACUCUAGGUCUAAAAAGAAUAAUUGUGACAGAGUGUAUACAGAACACAAAUUGAUAUACUGAUUGUAUGACAGAUUCUCUGAACUAGUGGAAUUCUGUGGAUGUUAUUAUUAUUGUGUUUAUGCAAAUUUUAGGUUACUAAUUUGUGAUAUGAUGUUAUGGUUGUAAAAUUAGCUUUAAUUACUUAUCUUGAUACCUACACUUUUGUUAUGUAAGGAAAUAUAAAACAUAUUUAUGCCAAUUUCACUAAAAUGAGUGAAACAUUGUUUUCAUAUAAUUUAUAGAUAUUGAAUCCAGUUUAUCAUUUGUGAAUAAUACUUGUUAAGAACAGUUUUUGUUGAUGAAUAUAGAUUUAGACUUGUAAACAAAAAUACUUGUUAACUAUGGUUAAGGGUUGUAAUCACAUUUCAUAAACCACAAGUACACUCGUUUAUUGUAGUUUUAAAUCAUUAACUAUAUAGUUAAUGAUAAUAUAGUUUCAUAAACAAUAUUAACAGUUGUAACAAUAAUAGUUGUAAACUAUAGUUUAGAGAGAUAAACUAUGGUUUGCAGUUGAUAAGAUGCAAAACCUUAUUUCUAUCGUUUUUGUGAAAUUGGUGUCCCACAUGCAUGCACUUUCUCAUUAUCAGCAUGUCGAUAGAGACUUUCUCAUUAUCAGCAUGUCGAUAGACUUUCUCAUUAUCAGCCAUCACAAAUGUGUUCCGAAGUAACGCUGUUAAAAAUAUGUAUUUUGUCUGUUUCUACAUUCCACUGUGAAAUCCCUCUGCAUUCCUUUAUUUUUACAUAUUUUUUUGAAAUGUAGUUUUUAUUUACAUAUAUGUGUGUGUGUGUAUAUAUAUAUAUAUAUAUAUAUAUAUAUAUAUAUAUAUAUACCCUGCAGGACUUUAAUGAAUUUUAUGUUUACAUUGUUUAAAUCCAUUACCAGAAAUCCAUUCCAGGAAUGUAGUGUUUGGCGUAAGGUAUGAUAUGCCCAAUUAAAAUCCACCUAUGACGUCAUUCUUUUGUUCGAACACUCCAUUAUUUUUCAGGAAUGGAGUGUUCGGAAAGUAGGUCAACCUUUAUACAAGUAGAUAUAAAUGCAUGCAACAAAAGAAUGAAAAACGUAAGACAUGAUUAAAAUGCACAAAGGUAGUUUUUAUUAAGGUGGAUUUUAAGUGGGUCAAUGUACUCGUAUCACUCCAUUCCUUAAAAGCAAUGGACCUCGGCCCCUUUGGGGCCUCGGUCCAUUACUUUUAAGGAAUGGAGCGAUACUCGUACAUUAACCCAUACAUAAUGGAUAUGUAGUUAGCAGAAAUCCAUAUUGAAACCUUUAUUGAUCACAUUUGAUAACAAACUCUAUGAUAGUAUAGACAAAGGAUUUCAUCUGAACUAUUUAUUUCGUUGAAAUCGCUGUCAUUUUAUUCACGAACGAAAUGUAUAAUUUCCAGGAAGUGAAAUCUCUGUUGAUUUACAAGCAAUCAGCCUCUAUGACUGAGUAUUUUAUCCAUGUGCUAGGGAAGGAUUUUUGUUGUAAUUCAAACAAAUUGGAAGGUAUGCAUUAUAUGUGCAUGUAUUUUCUUCAAUCAUGAACUCAUGUGUGUCUUGAGCCUCAUAAUUCUUUCUGCUUAUAAUUGUAACAUUUAGUGCGAGGUCUGGGGAACUUGAAUUAUAGGAGACUAUAUUUUUGGUGGAAUCAAUAGUCUAGUAAAAUAUCACCUUUUUCUUUCAACUGAAAAAUUUCUGAGUACAGGCUUGUCUCCAGUAGAACAAAAUUACAGCAAGGAAAUAUUUUCAAAAAUUUGUAUGAAUAAAGGUUGAGUGACAAAAGUAAUAGUAUAUAGAAAAUUUGCAUGAUAUUUUGAUCUUGCUACCCCUCUUAAGGCCAUUUUAAAUACCCUUCCUUUUCUUAGGGAAAAAUUGGUCAUAUGCUUUCUUUUUAUCAUUGUUAUUACAUGCAUAUGAAAAGAUGUUAACACUAGGAUUGCAAUACAAUAUUAUUAUAUAACACUAGGAUUACAAAUAUUAUGAUCCUUAUGAAAAAUAAUAUAAAAUUAUCAGAGGAAAUUUUGUCAACCUUAUAUCUUUGUGAUUGAACAAUUCUGCUUUUUAUUUGUAAUACACUACUAGUAUAUAUAAAACUAAUGUCUGCUCUAAUGGGAUAUCAAGAUCCUCCGAUAUGAAAAUAUUGUGAACUUAAACUAACCUUGACACAAAAAUGAGAACCACAGCACCCAAUUGUCUGUGCAUCAAAAGAAUAUAUUUAUUCAGUAGAUGUUGCAUAAAAGGUAGGACAUUUCAAUGUGUCCAAUAGAUAUGAGAAAACUCCAUCCUUGGAUGUAUAAUUUACUGAAAAGAACAGAAAUGUGUAUAUUAAGAAUUGGCUGAAGCAUGGACCUUUCAAGUUUACUCUAAGGUGGGAUCAACACGAAAACACUAAUUAGUACUUAUAGAUAUAUGCAUCACUUGUUUGGAGAACUUUGUACAGGCAUUAAUUUGUGACAUUAAAUCUUGUGCAAUAUUUGAUAUAUUAAGAUAAUGUAUUUGUGUACAACAUUAGUUAUCCUCUGAAUUACAGUAUACAAAAAAUUUAAUUAUUUGAUUGUUGAUAAAGUAACCGAUUUUCUGUAAUUAUACCUGUGAAGAAUGAUUUCAUAGAAAGCACCAGACUGAGUGGUCUAUAUGAUUAAGUUAUUGCAUGUGAUCUAUUAAUGUAUGGAUGACACAGUAUCACAAUUUAGAGAUUUGAACUAAACUAAUGUAAUAUGUGCAAUAAAUUAAAAUAUGUUAUUUACUA